AUGAGCACCACAAGGCGACUCUAUCCAGGUCUGGGCAGUGCCUUGGAGGAGGAUUGCUCAGGAAAGGACUCUUUCCCCGUGGGCAUGGACGUCCAUUGCGGAGAAGCUGUCUCGUCAUUGCUUCCUGUUCGAGAGGUUGCAAUGAUGGUUAUUCUGGACCGACUGACUGAUAAGCCCGAGUGGAACAAGAAGGUGUUCGAUGAGCAUAUCCUGGCCAAAUGGCGCAAAGAAGCUCUUGACUUCCCGGACGACGCGCUCUGGAAACAAGCCAGUGGCGGCAAGAGUUUUGACCCGAGUGAGGCACAAGGCGAAUACUUGGAGGAGCUAUCUGCUGUCUCCCAAAUCCGUCCCCUGAAGAACAUAAUUACUGAUGAGAUUUUUGACUACUGCGUUAAAGAGCUCCAGAACAAAGCUCGGUAUUUUGCAGAAUCCGGCAUAGUGCCCACGUUGGAAGCCGAGGCGUCUGUUGCCAAGUCGGAUACCCUGGUUGACCCUGAGCUACGUAGCACCCUUCGCAGGGCUUUCGACGAACUGAAAGCGGACCAAGCCGAGUUUCCAGACUGGCAUCCCGGCACGGAUGAGAAAGUACAGAAUCUCGUACACCCGUCCAUGUAUCCGCUUGUCUAUGGCUCGUCUCGAGUCUUUCAAAGCGAAGUCGUUGGCGUCAAUGAUGCUGUAUACGGUUGGGCUGGAAGGGGUUACAUUAUCAAGCACCCAGAUCACCACCCGGAUGUGAGAGUCUAUUUUGGUGAACUGUGGUCGAGAAAUUACCAAUGGCUACCGGCUAAUGUGGCGGUCGACGAUGCUGGCUCGGUGAAGUUCACUAGCUAUGUCAACAAUCUCCAUCCUAACGAGCACCGAAGUAUAUAUAGCACCUUGGAAAAGUUGGUGGAGAAAGCUAUUCCAAUGUGGAAUCAAUGCCUCGCCUUCCCUGAUGACACGAACCCUAGAAUCCGGGCAGGCCGCGUGUCAUCGCGCUUUAAACUAGAUCAUGACGCCAAUGAUGAUAAUGAGGACAAUUGGACUCCAAUCGAGUCAGAAGUUGCUGGCAUUGCCGUUCAUUCAGAUGAGGUUGAUUCUCUUCGCGAGCCUGUACAGCCGCAACCUCUACCUUUUGAGAAUAUUGACUACAAGCCAUCACUGAGGCUUCAGGAAAAGUUCAAUAGUUCCGGCCUUCAGAUAAUUGUCAAGAUGGCUUCUAUUGAACUUACGCCGGAAAAGCCAACAUUUCCGUCGGGAUCCUGGCAUCUCGAAGGGCUGAUGAACGAGAGGAUUUGUGCCACUGCGCUCUACUAUCUUGACAGCGAGAACAUCACUACAAGUAGUCUCGCUUUCCGAAUGAGGACAGACUCGGAUACCGGCAUGGAAGACGACGAGUUUCGUGUCCCACAGGACUCCUAUAAAUGGCUGGAAAGAGUGUACGGAACAAGACUUUCGCCUAAUUCCGCGCCUUGCAUCCAGAACUACGGUAGUGUCGAAACGCCUGAGGGUCGUCUCUUGGCAUUUCCACAUAUUUUCCAGCAUUGCGUCUCUCCUUUUAGACUUGUAGACCCCACCAAGCCUGGUCACAGAAGGUUUAUCGCCCUUUGGCUCGUCGACCCUCACCUGCGCAUCAUCUCUACUGCCAAUGUCCCACCACAGCAGCAGGAUUGGUGGGUAGACGCGCUGCUCGGUCCAUCUCCCGUCUCCGAGGAAGAGGCUCUCUCAAAGCUCCCAACCGGACUGGUUCGGCUGCUUCAAGAAAAGGGAAUUAUUGGAAGUAGCGGCAUAGGCCUCAGUGCUAGUAGCCUCCCACCUGAGCCCUCGAGCAUCGCUCAACCCAAAUUGUAUGUACCGGGAAUGAGCGUGGAAGAGGCUAGAGAACACCGAGAGAAGCUCAUGGAAGAGCGCACUGUAUCGCAGGAAUCUACGGAUCUUGAUUGGCAUGACGAGAGGCGGCCGUCAAACCUGACGUUUGGUGCAAUAGGGACCCUUCUCAUAUUGGCAAUACUGCUAAUUCAAACGCGCCGAGCACUGCCACGCGUGCCAACGUACUUCGGUUCCAAGACCGAAAGCAAAGACAGACACCUAAUUAACGAUAUUCAAAAUGGCACAUUGGGGUUCGAGAAGAUCUUCGUUGUUGGACUUCCUUCACGGACCGACCGCCGAGAUAGUAUGGUUCUGGCCGCUGCACUGAGCGGCCUGGAGAUCGAAUUUAUCGACGGUGUCGUGGGAAGUGCCGUACCAGACAAGGCGAUUCCGACCCGCCCCGGACAAGGCCGACUUCCAGAUCCUUCCGUCGGGUCAUGGCGGGGACACAUGAAUGCCAUACAGGAAGUGGUGAGAAGAAAUCUCUCAUCAGCAUUGAUACUAGAAGACGACGCGGACUGGGAUGUCAGGAUAAGGGACCAGCUUCGAUCCUUUGCACUAGCAACACAAGCGUUGACCCAACCUCUUCACCGUUCUGAAGCAGCGUUUGCCGACCCGACGUUUCCCAGGCCGCCUGCGGGAUCGGAAUCGAUGACCCCCGAGCUCGCCUUUGGUCGUCUCCCUAAGACAGUUGCCCCAAGAAUAUCACCAUUUGGUGACAAUUGGGACGCAUUUUGGUUGGGCCACUGCGGAAUGCACUUCCCAUUUGAAGAUAACACAGUUAUCCCGAGAGGGCGUGUGGUACAAGCAGAUGACACAGUGCCCCAGCAGCAGCAUCUAUGGACCUUGUCAAACCCGAACGAUGUGAAAGAGCAGUACAGCAAUCAUACUCGAGUCGUGCAUCAUGUUCAGGAUGGAAUCUGCUCUCUUGGCUAUGCCGUGUCCCAAAAGGGAGCUCGGCAGAUGUUGCAUCAGGUUGGACUCAAAAACUUCAACGCGGCGUUCGAUAUUCUUCUACGAUGGUUCUGCGAAGGGGUAGAAGACAGGAAGUAUCACAAUUGCCUUACAUUACAACCGGCAUUAUUCCAACACCACCGGUUCGCCGGUCCAAAGAGCGCCAACAGUGACAUCUCGGAUCAUGGCGAAGGGUUCCAGGAAGCAUCGACGGAUGUAGUACGAUGGAGUGUGAGGAUGAACGCUGAAGCCAUGAUGGCCGGAGAACCUUUUGUAGAUCAGUUUCCAGAUGCUUUGUAG